GCGUAAUCGAUAAAAAAGUAGCAUGUGUACCAAACAUAUUUACAAGUUUAAGCCGUCGGAUUGAGAAAAAUGGAGACUGAAUUACCUCUAAGCCGAAUUAGAACAAUUAUGAAAAGCUCUCUAAACACCGGACAAAUAACAAAUGAAGUGCUGUUUCUUAUGACUAAGGCCACGGAAAUGUUUGUACAAAAGUUAACUGAGGAGGCCUAUGCAAAAGUCAAAGAGGAUAAUAAUCUUAAAUACAAGCACUUGUCGCAAUACGUUCAAAAGGAGAAAAACUUGGAGUUCCUGCUGCAAAUCGUUCCGGCUAAAAUAAAAGUUAAGGACUUCAAAAAAAUUCUGGAACUGGACGAUGUUAAUUCGUCAUCUGACAGUGAAGAUGAAAGGCGUAGCAAGUAAUUUAUUCUUGGAAUUCUGCCAAGUUUAAAAACUGGUGUAUUUCCAUAAAUAGAGACUGACGUGAAAAAUAGUACAUGUUUAAUAUAUAGAUAUUUUUGAGUAAUUAAAGUUUGUAACAGUCAUUGUA